AUGUGCAAGAAGAAUGCUUUCCCCCGUUUUGAAGUAGUUUCAGAUGAAACAGAUCAUUUCUUUGCCCGAUCAUCAGCCCAUGAACCAUCCAUAACCACCGAUCCAAGGAGCGUAUUGAACAAGACGGUGAUGAAAGAAUGGAAAAUGUUGGAGCAAGACCUACCUGAAUCCAUUUACGUUCGAGUCUACGAACGACGCAUAGAUCUAAUGCGAGCUGUGAUUAUAGGUGCUGCUGGCACACCAUAUGAAAAUGGUCUCUUUUUCUUCGAUAUCAUGUUUCCUAGUGAAUACCCUAAACAACCACCCCUUCUUCAUUUUCACUCAUUUGGAUUGAGACUCAACCCCAAUCUCUAUUGCAGCGGCAAAGUUUGUUUGAGUCUCCUCAACACCUGGUCUGGUAGGAAGAGUGAAAAGUGGGAUCCAUCUCGUUCCACCAUGCUUCAAGUGUUACUCUCAAUUCAAGGACUUGUUCUCAACGAAAAGCCAUUCUUUAACGAACCCGGUGCUGAUGCUUUCAGGCUUUUUAUACUGGAGAGGAAGUCACGCGCCUACAACGAGAACGUGUUUGGGCUUACUUGUAACAUUUCCAUUCAUCUGCUUCGGAAGCCCCCUAAGUACUUUGAAACCUUCGUCAAAAACCACUUUCGUGAGCGAGCGCGUGUUAUUCUCGGGCUCUGUGUCAGGUACGAGAAUGGGAGCGUGGGCGUCGGGAAUCACUCUCGCGGGGGGCAUUCGUCUACGGUGGAAGUUUCGAAGGAGCUCAAGGAGUGGAUGAACUCAUCUUUCCCUCGACUUGUUCAAGCGUUUCGACAAAACGACCCUUCCUUAGGACUUUUUAUUGAACAAUUAGAGUCGCAAAGGAAGCAAUAUGAAAACUACAGCUGCGGACAAAAGGAGCAAUCUGAAAACAAUGGCGGUGGAAUCUUGAGGAAGGCCUUCGAAAGGAUCAAAAUGGCUUUGGGGUGGAAGAAAGUAGAGAGAAAGAAAACCAGCGCCGUGGAAAGGAAAAACCGCAGUCUUCAACGUGCUUGA